AUGCAAAGGGCCUUCGACUACGUGACCCAAACUUUUGGCUGGAUCGAUAUGUUGAUCAAUAACGCAGGGGGCCAGUUUGACCAACAUAUGUACUCAAGCUCCAAUACCAUGCGGGAGAUGUGGAACAAAUCAUGGAAUGUCAACACCACAGGGACCCAAAUUCUCACCCAUACAUUUGUGCCACUUUUGCUCAAGUCCUCGAGUCCACGACUGCUCUUUAUAACCAGCGGCACUUCAACCUUGGCAGAGUCCAAGAACCCAGCGUUGCCAAUUAAUCACCCGCCUGCGAAAGGUUGGCCUAAGAUGAGACCAUCUAUUUCUGCCUAUCGUGCCAGUAAGACGGGGAAACAUGAUGAUGCGUGA